GGAAGGACAGGAAAAAAUGUCCUACAAAACAAUAUUGUCAGUGAGUAAACUACAAAUGAUGCUCAAACAGAAAAUCAUACAGAGACACAUCAUGCAAAGAAAUCAAACAGGAAGUUAGACUUUCUGAGAGUAAGAGCUAACAGGAUCCGAACUAUUAAGACUGUGGACCGUGUCCACUGCCACAUAAAAUAGAAGCGGGUCACUAGUGAAUGAAAACCAGUCAUGAGGGUCCACUUAUAUCUUUUCAUCUUUAUGAUUCAUUUCAGUACAGGCUGUAUUGUUUCAGAUGUGCAGCAGACAAUAAUAAUAACAGGAUACACGGGUGGUUCAGUUGUGCUGCCCUGCUCCUGUGCUGACCCUCAGUCUACAGUCACAACAUUCAACUGGGAGUUUGAGCGGGGAAAUCAAUGGAUUCAAGUAUUUCAAAAUGAGAAAUACAGCGGCAGACAUGAGCUGUUUAAUGAACAUUCUCCAACAAAUCUGUCUCUUCUCAUUUCUGACCUCAGAAUGAAUGACAAGGGAUACUAUAAAUGUCUGACUAAACCAAAUAGUAUCACACAUAUUGAAUUAAAUGUUAAAGGGUGUGAUUUGGUUGAGAACAGAAAGACAUUAUCAGUGACUGGAUACUCAGGAGAGUCUGUGGCUCUGCCCUGUUUCUGCACUGAACUACUGGCUAAACCUGAACAGAUGCAAUGGAAUUAUUUAACUGAAAACAAUUAUAAAGAAAUCUACCCAAAGGAACAGAUUGAGAAUUACAAGAAAAGACUCAAACUGUUAAAUCCAAACACUCCAGGAGAUCUUUCUCUACACAUAUCAGCACUGAGGACAGAGGACCGAGGGGAAUAUCAGUGUGUCUCAUCUGAGCAAGUAGUCGGCUUCAGACUUACUGUACUACAACCUGAAGAGGAUAUGUACUAG